AUGCAAAUUCCAUUUGUGCCUUUGCGUAGGAAGACAUCCGCUGUGCGUUAUAAUCUCUCGGACAAUCAGACGUUCUCUAAUUGGACUGUAUCGUAUAAUGACUACAGAUAUAUCCAAAUAUAUUCAAUUCUGACAAUCCUUUUCUACAGUAUCAUUUUCCUCUUGGGAACAGUAGGAAACGGAUUAGUAAUCUGGAUCGCUGGAUUUAAGAUGAAGACAGUCAGUGCUGUGUGGUUCCUUAACCUGGCUGUUGCCGACUUCAUAUGUUGUGUCUCUAUCCCAUUACAAAUAUUUGUGUCUCAGUAUAUUUAUGAUUUAGUCAUCACUGUUCUAUGGUUUAUAAACAUGUGCACUAGUGUCUAUUUUUUAACCGCCAUGAGUAUUGACCGCUGUGUCUCCAUAAUGUGGCCAUUUUGGUCCAAAACCUAUAGAACACCCAAAUGUGUCUGCAACAUUUCAGCAAUAGUUUGGGUGGUGAGUAUCGUCUUAAAUUCUCCUCAUAUAAUUAUUAACUAUGGUUAUUAUUUUUAUCAUAAUGAAAUGGACUUCUCCAGAUUUGUCGCCGUGUUUAUUGUCCCUUUUUCUGUCAUUGUAAUAUGUUAUUGUGUAAUUUGUUUUAAACUUAGAAAAGUGAAAAUACCAAAGAGGAAACAGCGACCCUAUAAAAUUAUCACUGCCGUCAUACUGUGUUUCCUCAUCUGUAUAUUUCCAUUUCACAUUUUACCAUUACUGAUAACAGACAAUUAUUUUAUGGAUAACUUAGUAAUUACCAUUUCUAUGUGGCUGAUAUACUUCAACAGUUGCAUCAAUCCCAUCCUCUAUGUCCUUAUAGGCCAAAACAUUAAAGACAUUUUAAUACAUUCAAUACCAUCCAGACUGGAAAGAGCUUUAAAUGAUUGA